AUGAAAUCUGAAAAUAUGAAAAAAAAAUUCUCCAUCGGCGAUUUAUUUUCAGUAACUAUGAAACGUGUUUUAAAUGAUUAUACCAAUAUUCAAAUAUCAAAAAAAACCAAAUUUCCUGAAGCUCUUCAAGAAUUAUACCGUCUUCGACCAGAGUUUAAUGGCAAAUUAGUUUAUUUUUUUUAUAAGAAAACACAAUAUGUAGAGGGACUCUUGGUUUACGAUAAAAAAGACAAAACUUUUUACGUUUUUGAUAAAAAAACUAAUGAAAAAUUUAGUACUUUUGCUUCUUGGAUCAAGUUUCUCAAAAAUAAAAGAGUAUUUAGUGGGGAACGGUCAGCACUUGUCACAAUUUUUUUUGAACCAAAUUCUUCUAGUUUUAAUUUAGCUUCAUUAUUAAGAACAGAGCAAAUUCCAUAUUGGAAAAAUUAUAAUCCAACAAGUAUUGCUGAAGUUACAUCAUUGAUAAAAAUGCUUACAAAUUCAAAUCAUAAGUUUUUUGGUGUAGGAAUAAGAGAAAUUAUUGAUGGAAUUGGUGUUACAUUUUUCGAAAAUGAACAAAAAUUAGAAAAGGAUCUAAUUAUUAAAUGGCAAAAAAAUUUAAUUUCUUACGAACUGUAUAUUUUGGGAAAAAGUGUUAAAGAAAUAAAUGGAAUAGUGACAGGAAUUGCAACUGAAAGAACUCUUUCAGAAAUAGAUAAAACAAUUCAUUAUGUAUCUAUGACAAGAAUUUGCAUUGGGCAAAAAACUAAAGAGAAUCAAAGUCAACAUAAUGAAACUUAUAGAAGAAUAGACUGUUAUUUGUUAGUAACUGAAACAAAUAUAUAUGAAAAUUGUCAAAAAUUAAAGAAUACACUUAUUAAAAUUAAAAACCGAAAUCAAACAAAUACUUUACCUGUUAAAGUUAUCUAUACUUCUCAAGAAGUUUUAGCAAAAAAAAUUCAGCUUCAAAGAAAGAAAAUUGUAAAUAAGGACCAAAUCAUAUAUAACUUGCAAGCUCAGCUUCAACGAAAAGUGGAAGAUGAAGAAGAAAGGGUAUCGGAAGAGCUGAGCCAGAUUGCUAAAAAAGUAUUUAACAAGAUUAUGGAAAAUAAAAUUGAUAUUUCUUCCUUUAAUCCGAUUUUUCAAGAAUUAAUUAGAAUUCAAAGUGAAAAAGCUAAUGGAGUGAGAUAUCAUCCGAUGUUUAUACGAUGGACUAUUUCUGUAUAUAGCCGAGCAGGCCAUGCUACUUACGAAGCAAUGAAAGGCAUUAUGCGAUUACCUUCAAUAUCUACAAUAAAAAACUAUAUAAACGAAAAUCAGCAAUAUUCAGGAUGGCAAAAUAAAACUGCUCGUCAUAUUCUGGAAAAAAUGGCAAUAGAAAACAUUGGCAAUUGUGGUCGAAUUGGAUUUUUUUCCCAUGAUUCUUUUAAAAUACAAAAAGGUUUACUUUGGAGUCAACGAGAUAAUUGCUAUGUUGGAUAUUUGGAUUUUGAAAAUGAAAAAGAAGAACUGCAAUCAUUUAUGAUGCAAUGUGAAAAGGAGUUGCAAACAGAUAAUAGCAGUAACUUAUCUGUUUUAGAAGAUCACGAUCAAAACUUGGCAACCCAGGUGCAUCAAAUCGUUUGGCACUCUGCUACUUGUAAUUUUGCAUAUCCUAUAGCAUAUUAUGGAAUUAAUACUUUUACCGCUCAUGAAAUUAAUAAUAUACUUUUCCAACUUGCGGCUAAUCUUGAAUGUAUUGGUAUCCAUACUUGUGGAUCUAUUUGUGAUGAUGCUGGAGAAAACAGAAAUCAUAUCAAAAGUUUUGAUUGGUGGGCUUCAUUCUGGUCUUUAGGAGAUAUUGUUGAAGUCAAUAUAGGAAAAAAUAAUUAUGAACGAGCAAAAAUUGUAAAAACUAACCUUGAUCGUAGCAAAUUUACAGAAUUUAUACAUUACUCAUACCUUUACCGGCAAAUUUUUCAUAGCAAGAAACCUUUGGAAGGUCUUGCUGAUUUUCGGUUUCAAACUUUAAAAAAUAUUCUUGAUUGGUUUGUAUUUAGAGAUAAGCAAAAGGCCAACAACAUAAACUGGAUCUCACCACAGUGUCAGUUCGAUCUGCUCUUAUCCAUUCAAGGUUUUUUGGGAAUGGCAGAAGAAAUUUUUAAAUUAUAUCCAAAUUCAAUUAUUGAACCACGUAGGGUUACUGCAAAGAUGACUUCUGAAAUCAAAAGCUUUAAUUAUGGAAAAUCGAAUCACGGUGGAAUGGAAAUUGAUUGUCUUACUCAUUACCUUCUUCUAGAUGAUUUGUUUAUGGGUAAAAUUGAAAUUCCAAUUUCAUCUGUCAAUAAUGAAAUUAAUCAACAAAAUCAAAAAAUCUCAUUUCUUCAAGAAGAACAUCAAUGGCUUUUCAAUUUGUGUCUCUAUAAUGAUGAAAUUAUUUCUAUGUUAGAAAAAUGGAAAAGCGAUAUCAAAAAUAUUGCUUUAAAAUUAAUUCCAAAAAGAAAAGGAAGCCUUUGGAUGGCUGCAUGGGUUUCUCAUUUGGAAAGUAGCCUGAAUAACUAUUUAUGUUCUGGCGUUUGGUAUUUAGAAUUUCAAAAGAUUAUUUCGCAAAAUCAUUCUGACACACAAAGAUUGGUUGCAUACUUCCUUGUUCGUAAAGUGAUAGAGGAAAUAUUUAAAGGUGAUUUUCAUGAAAACAGAAACGUGCAGGACUGUGCAGAUUCUACCAUGACUCCUAGGAAAAUUAUUACUUUAAACCAAGCAGAAUCACAAAAAUUUUCUUAUAUUAUUGGUUGGGUACUCUUCAAAUUACUUAAAAGAGAUUAUAUAAUGAAUUCCCAUCCAAAAUUUUGGGCAAUGCAUACUUUACUUGGAGCUCUCUGUGAAGAAAAGGUCGAAUAUGUGAUAAAAAUAAAAUCACAGACCACUAAUAUUAUACCUGGAUCUGAAUUCACUCAGUUCAUGUAUUAUUUAGAAUCCCUAGUAAUUGACCUAUUUAAGAAACAUAAUGAGUUGGGACCAAAUAUCCUUCAUUAUGUAAAAAAUAGUCUUCUUUCUAACUUACGUUUGAAUCAAAUGUUUAUCACAAUUUUGAAAUCUUCAGGUGAUGUUGGAUUGGAAAAUGAGGAAAUUGGGUUUAUUUAUGAAAGAUGCAUCACGAUCUAUAUGAGGAGUCAUCAAAAAACUUGGAGAGAUGUUAAUCAUUACAUUCCAGAAAAAGGUACUGCGAGCUUAAGAGAAAGUUUAAAGACAAUGCGUUCAAGCCAUUCUACAAUAGAAAAUAAAAAAUCCUCUCUUAUGAAAAAGGCAAAUCUACCUACUAAUCCUGUUCAUGCUUUAGAACAGCUUCGGGUAUGGGCGCAACUUGAAAAAGCUGAAGAUUCGUUUGCCAAAAUGUUUUCAGUAUCAGAAUUAUUGUGGAUAAUCUGGGCUUUUGGGCAUUCCACACCAUAUAAAAGAAAACAAAAAUUAGUACCCAUAAUUAUUUCUAAAUUGAAAAAUUCAACACCGUUUAUCGAAGAAGCUCUUAAAAAAAGGAAUAUUUUUAUGGAAUAA